UUACAAAGACAUGUGAACUAUUUUGUUGCGUCACUGGUGGGAAAGAUGUUUAAAACUUAAAAAUGAUUUAUGUUCAUAUUUUAACAGAAAAGAGAAUGAGAAAUGUCUAGAAAGUCUUCUUCUUUUGUUCAAAAACUUGUAAAAUGAAGUCGCAUUUAUCAAGAAAUGGUCUUCAACUAUUAUAACUAUGCAAUUUCAGAAGUCUAUCCCUAUGUCACGUUUUCCUUAAUCGGAUAGGCAAUCUGAAUAGGAAAAUGUCCGAGGUCCUUUAAAUGUAAACACAAAGUCACCGCAUCCGAAUGUUCAAACGAAGUAAGUAUAAUACUUUUGUUCAGCACUACCACACUAAUGCAUCAAGCACCACCACAAUCCGAUAAUAUUAUAAUACAAAAUUAAUUCAGAAUUAACAGUUCUGUCUAUUAUUCAAGAAUUUUAAAGGUGAACUUACGUUUAUAAAGGUGUAGCACUGUUGAAACAAAACUGCAUGUCCCUUUUUACUAAAAUAAUUAACCUAAAUUCAUCUUAAGGUAGCUGUAUUAUUUUUAAGGUAGCAUUCCACAGACAGCAAUCUGCAUACAUUUUAAGGUAUUGACAUUAAUUUUUAAAGUAGCAGUUCUAAGGUAGUGAGUUUUAUAUAUCUUAAGGUAUUAAUUUAAUAGGAAACGAAAAUAAAAUAAAAUAAGGUAUCAUGCAUCCUUAGCCAGCACUACAGACACUAUAUUUCGGUUCAGCCUGUGCUGGAAAAAAAACCCCAAGAAUAUAUGACAUUAUACAUUCCUUGUGAAAAUGUUGUGGAAAUGUAGCAAAAUUAAGCAGGCUGAAACUAUUAUCUGAAAAUAUUAUCUGAAUGAUAUGCUACUCAUGUGGACAAUAAUAAGAACAGACGUUAUUAAUUCUAAUUAAUUUUCACAAUUUCCGACUAAUAACCCUACAUGUUUUGAAUAAAGUCCGUUCAUAUAGCACAAACUAUGGGAUGUCAAACUAUGUCCGGAGUCAUGUAACGAUGAAUAAUAUUCAUCGAAAUAUGGUGAUCUAGUGUUUAUUUGUUAAAAAAGGUGAAACUGGUGGGCCAGAGAAAAGAUCUGUGUUCAAGUUACUAUUAAGUCUUAAGUUAUUUGUACAAGAACAGAUGGAAUUGGUUUAAACUGUAUUUAUCUCCACAAAUUUUAUAUACAAACAUGAGUACUAUAUUUAAAUUAACAAAGUUUGAUAAAAAGACAUACAUCAAUCAAAAUAGUACAAACAAAGAAAUUGACAUCACUAUUGCAUGUUAUACAUGUAGAGUUAGGUGUAAAACACUCACAUAUUAUUGUGUAAAAAAAUUAGUGCACAACUUACAGACAGAAUUUCAGAAUAUGUUGCGAUUAAGUAAAUUUAUGUUCUCUUAUGAAAUAAAUUGUUUUAAUUUUGGUGGGUAUCGUCUUGUCUAACAUAACGCAUCACUGCUAAUCCGCCCCUGUAUUUGUAUUUAUUGUCGUAUCAGUUCAAAUACUAGUCUGACAAGUUUUAAUCCCACGGGAUUUUCAUGGGCAAAUUUAGUGCAGUGACAAGUACAUUCUUUAUCGGAAAUCCGUAGAGGACAGAUCGUUUACAAAAAUUUAAAGAAGAUUACGACGGAAAACUGCAGCGCUACUGUUUCGAGAAUUCACAAUUGAGAUGAGUAUACAUUAUAUAUUUUCUUUAGAUGUCUGCGCUUAUAAUUUUGAUUGCUGAACUUUCUGUUUAUACGGCAUUUGAAUAUGUCCUCUGGAAAGUAAUGGAGACACGUGUUCAUCGUACAAUCAGCAAGAUAUUGGCUAUUUGGUUUUAUUCAAUCACUGACUGAAUCAGUCUGAAGUGAAUUUUAGUUAUUAAAAAAAAAAAAUAAAUAAAUAAAUAAAUAAAAUUAACAGACAUAGUGAGCUGACAAACACUCACAGGUAAAACAUGGGUGUGGUCGAGCGGUCUUUUGUUUGCAUGUACAUACGCAAAAAUGCAGUACGUUAGUUACUGUACAUUAUUCUCGGUCAUUAUUAUUUAUGGACUUUAAUCAUAUGUACAAUAUGCAUGUACUGGUUUCACCCGAGGUGUAUUGAGGAUUAUGCAUUUCUAACGUACAUUGUUGCGGAAAUAUUUUGUAACAUGAUUUAGUAUCGCUAGGAUUAAUCAAAGAAUUUUGCUUUGUAGCCUAAUAUAAUUAAAAAAAAAAAAAUCACAAACUUUUAAGUCAUUAAAUCAAAUAGAAAUAUACAUUUGGUUGUUUCUUACCAAUUGUCAAAAUUAUACGUUAAAUAUCUUGCUUCAAAUGAUAAAAAACAUGCUGCAUAGUCUAGUUACAGCUUAACAGAUCCGAUGAGAAAGGAGCGACAUACAAUUAAUUGGUUCCAUGCCGUUUUCAACAGUAUUUCAGUCAGAUGGUUAAAGUGUUCGUAGAGACUGCACAUGGGAAAAUUGACGCAGUUCUAGCCUAUACGAUUUGAUGCGGAUUAUCCAUUACGUCAGCAACUGUAACACCAGCAUUAACACGGUCAAUCUCUGGUAUAAGGGACUGCAGAAAACUAAUGUCGUCAACCGGCUAUUCUCCUAAUGUCUUUAAACAGUUUAGCUAUAGGAGCGGCGUGGCAUGGUCGGGAUCGGCAGCUAUUGAGGCACCUUGUGUUGAAAGAAAGUAAAGAAAUUGUUGAUUUUAAAUCGGCGCCAUCAGAUGCAACUGACAGAACUUCUCCCAUUGCCUCAACUACCACGUCGUUGUGGUCAUCUACAGGAAAUACAGAUCGGCAUGUGGAAAUGCCAAAUUCAGGAAACUACCAAUUUUUGAAAGAUCAAACAUCCAUAAGUGGUGUAGAAAGACCGCAAGUAGUUCAAGAAAUAUGCCGGAAAUUAAACAUCUUUAAUAACUUGAAUGAUUUACAAUUGCGUGGAAAGUUUCUAAUGAAUCGUUCCCUUUAUUAUUGCGAUAUUCCUAAAUGCGGAUCAGCCUUUAUGGAGCAAUUCCUGUCUGGAACUUUUCAGUGUGAUGGAUUGUGUGACGAAAUGUCUAUAACUUCAAAUGAACUGCGAAGCAGAACAAUACGAGUGAUGGGAAAUGCAUACUCGUUCAUGUUCGUAAGAGAGCCAUACGCAAGACUAUUUUCUGCGUAUGAAAACAAACUUUUUCUUCCAAACGAACACUGGAAAAUAAUAGGAACAGAUGUCAUCAACACUAUUAGACCUCAUGCUUCUCGUGUAAGCAAGAUGUUAGGGCAUGAUGUAACUUUUCUCGAAUUAGUUAAAUAUGUGUUGAAUUUGUACGAACGUAGAGUUAGAUUAAACGAUCAUUUAUCUCCUAUGUAUAUGCAUUGUGACACUUGCGAGUUCCGAUUUAAUUUCAUAGGAAAAUUAGAAACAAUGUCUAGUGAUCUUGUAGAUUUAGUUGAAGACUGGAAAACAAAAGGCAUAGUUCCUACUAGUAAGAAUAUGUCAGCAGCGGAAGAAAUAGAAGCAAAGAUGUUGUAUAAACGUUCAUUUGGACCAUACAGACACAUGUUUACUACUUUAAAGCGAUAUGGAGAAAUGCUUUCUAGAUACAAUUUUUUCCAAAGGGCCUGGUCAAGCUAUCAGAUUCGAGGACUCAUUCUUAAAAAGUAUAAUAUGCCUUUUGCAGAAUACGAAGUUGCAAAAGUAAGUUAUGCUCAGUUUGGAGCUGAAAUAAAGAAAGCUUUGGAUGCAAGCAUGGGACAUAAGGACGAACUUAAAGCUCAACGCGAAGAAGCACUUGUUCAAGCCUAUAGCUCUGUGCCAAUGGACCUAAUGCUAAAGCUCAAAGAAUUCAUGAAACCAGAUUGUUUAUUGUUUGGUUACGAUGACAUGCCGAAAUUAUUAUUCAACAGAGCAAAUGUAAAAACUUCAGUCAGCUAUAAUUAUUUUAAAGGGUUAUGAUAUAUAAUGACACUUGUUAGCAUAUUUGGUCUUGGCUGAGUAAAAUGAACGUGAAACGUGCUAGAAUUUAAAGUACUGCUUAGAGAAGAACAGGCAUGAAAAGGCCUUUUUACAAAGACAUGUGUUGUACUCGCAGUACCAAAUACUCAGUUGUAUUACUUUAAUUCUAUGGGCAAUCUUUACAUUAAAUGCAAUAAAAUCACAGAAGACGUGGAAAACACGAGUAGAAAUUGCACUCAGUCUGAAUAUAAAAAUGCGAACUAAGAUACAGAUGUAAUAUAAAGUGAUUGAAUAUAAAUUAUUUUCUUUUACUCUUAAAAGGCAAUUAUUUGUCUGAUUUUUGCGUUCAGGCUUUAAUUAAUGCAUAUAUUUGUAUGUGCUUUCUCUGAUUUUGGCUGAGCUGUAUUGUUCUGUUAAAGCCUUUUUGGAACCAGGGACAAACAUAUUAAAAUAUAAAAUGUAA